AUGGAUUUCACCAAUCCUGAGACGGUCCUAGACUUGCGUAACAUUAGAGAUGAGCUUGUGAGAAUGGAAGAUACGAUUAUCUUCAAUUUCAUCGAGAGGUCGAGAUUUCCAACCUGUCCACCAGUCUAUGAAAAGGAACGUCCGGGACUUGCAAUUCCCAACUUUAAUGGCUCAUUUUUGGAUUGGGCUCUUCUGCAAAUGGAAAUGGUGCAAUCACAGAUAAGAAGAUUUGAAUCUCCAGACGAAACCCCGUUCUUUCCAGAUCAUAUAUUGAAACCAAUUUUGCCAAGUGUUAAUUAUCCACCAAUUUUAGCUAAAUUUGCGUCGCAAGUUAAUUAUAAUGGUAAAAUUAAAGAAAUUUAUGAAAAGGAAAUGGUUCCACUUAUCUCCAAGUAUGAUGGUGAUCAACCCGAAAACUACGGAUCCGUGGCAACUAGAGAUAUCGAAUGUCUCAACAGCUUAAGUAGAAGGAUUCACUUCGGGAAAUUUGUUGCAGAGGCAAAAUUUCAAGCUGAAGAGAAAAUGUUCACCAAGUUAAUUCAAGAAAAGGACGUCGAAGGACUGAUGAAAAGUAUCACCAAUUCUGCUGUUGAAGAAAAAAUCUUACAUAGACUGAUUAGAAAAGCAGAAGUUUAUGGCAUUGAUCCAACCAAUAAUAAGGGAGAACGAAGAAUCACACCAGAAUAUUUGGUAAAAAUCUAUAAAGAUUUCGUUAUUACAAUCACUAAGGAGGUCGAGAUUGAUUAUCUUUUGAGAAGACUUAGCGAUUAG